ACUUGUCGUUGCCCAGCAACCUCUGCCAACAGAGCGUCCUGACUCCCAGCUGUUUUCCUGCGGACUCCAGUCAGUAAAAUGAAAGAGGCAUCGUCUGCAGCAGAAGACAUGACGGAGUCCAUGGAGGACUUCCAGUUCGUCCUCAGCGAGCUGCUGGUGGAGCAGAACAUGGACCGGAUCAGCGGCGAGUACGAGAAGCUCUUGGAAGCGCUGCGGAAGUCUCGCGAGAACGAGAGGAGGCUGAUGUCCAAGUGCAGGGAGUUGAACGCGGAGCUGGUGUCCUCGUCCACCAAGGUUGCAACUGCCCUGAAGAUGACCUCGGAGGACGAGACCACCAUCAACCUGCUGAAAAUGGAGCUGGAUAAAGCUUGGAAAAUGAUCGACGCUGCUCAUGACACAGAGAAGAAGGACAGAGAGAGCAUUCGAAACCUGAAGGCAGAAGUAGCGGAUCUGAUGAAACAGGCUGAAGAGAAAAGUAGUCGAGUUGUGGAGAAAGAGCAGAAUGAUUUACUUAAAGUAAACCAGGAGUUGACCAGUGAGAGGGACCAGCUGAUGGUUGAUGUGGAGGAGCUUCGACAAAAGCUCAACGUUGCCACGGGGAACCUGCAGAAGAUGGAAGCGCAGAGAGAGAGUGUGUCAGAAAAGGUCGCACAGCUCCAACAGGAGCUCCAGGUUCAGCAGAACGAGAUUUCCAGGGAGAUGAGGUUGAAGGAGAACCUGGACAAGGAAGUCAAGCAGCUACAAGGAGACGUGGAGGUCAAAAACGGCCAGAUAAAAACCCUAACUCUGCAGACUCAGAAGGCUAAAGAGGAACAGGUCAUGGUGGAGCAGCAGCUGAAGGAACUCAAGGUGUUGCAUGAAAAAGCCACAAAGGAUUUGGAGCAGCAACAAGCACGAAACAUUAAGCUGCAGCAGGAGAGCGAGCAGCUCACAUCAGUCAGAGAAAAUCUGUCUCUGGAAAACCAGCAAAUCAUGAAGGAGCUGAAGAUGCGAGAAGAGGAGGUGAGUCAGAUGCGUCAGGAGAUCGCCAAACAAACACGGAUGAGGGAGGCCAUUCAGAAGAAGCUGAAUCAGAUGGAGGAGCAGAAGGCAGAUGUGGACGUGCAGAGAGAGACGCAGAGAGCUCAGAUCUCUGCUCUGGAGAAAGAUCUGGAGUCGGCGCAGAAGCAGGUUGAUAGUGACAAGAAAGCCAUUGAGGAGCUCAUGAGAGAGAGAGACAUCUUGAGUAAGAAUAUCAUCAAGGCUGUUCAGUCCACGGAGAAACAGCAGGGCCUGGUCAAGACCCUUGAGCAGGACAAGAAAGCGCUGGAGCACGAGAUCAGCUGCUACCAACACGAAGCCAACAAGCAGCGCAAGAUCAUCCAGCAGCUGGAGAAGGAGCGCGACCGCUACAUCAAUGAGAACAGCAGCCUCAUGCAGAAGGUGCAGCAAAGACUCGGUGACCUUGAACUGAAGGAGACCGAGUUGUUUGACUGGAGAAAGAAAGUCACCGAGGCAGAGAGCAAACUCAAGAAACAGGAAAACCUUCUGGAGUCCAUUGUGUCUGAAAGGAACCUCUACAGCAAAAACCUCAUUGAGUCUCAGGCUGAUAUUGCCGAGUUAAAGAGAAAGAUUGCCACCAUGAACAACCAGGUCAGUGGUCUGAGAGAUCAGAUCAGUGUGAAGGACUUGGAACUGUCCAAAGACCAGCAAGAGCAGGAGCGUUUGGAGAAGGAAAUCGAGGCUCUAAAGGCAGAGAUGCAGGCCACUAAACUGCAGCUUCAAGAGACGAAGCAGCGAGUGGACAAACAGAAAGUAGAGCAACAAAACCUGCAGAAGGUGGUGGCCGACGGAGAUGCUGAGCAGGCUCGGCUGAAAAAGCAACUGGAGCAGGUAGCCAGCGAGAGGGAGAGCCUGGGUCUGCAGCUGCUACGGAGAAACGAGGAGCGAGCGCUGCUCUGUGAGAAGAUCAAGAUCCAAAUGUCCAUCCUCAGCAAAGGGAGCUUUCACUACAACCAGCGGAUGGAGGACAUUCGCCUCCUCAAGCUGGAGGUCAACAAGCUGAAGCGCAAGAAGAACAUUCUGGACAAAACUCUGCCCAACACCGACGACCUCAGACGGGAGCUGAUUCACCUUCAGAAGGAGCUGCUCAGAGAACGAUCCAGGAACAGCGACCUGAAAGAUCAGCUGAAGUCCAUUAACAUCCACCGAUGGAGACGCCUGGAGGGCAGUGACCCCGGCAAGUUUGAGCUCAUCCAGAAGAUCCAAGCCUUGCAGAAAAGACUCAUCACUAAAACUCAGGAGGUGGAGGAGCAGCACCAGUUAUUAGAGGAGAAAGAGAAGCUGUAUGUGGAACUGAAGCUGGUGUUGGCCCGUCAGCCCGGUCCAGAGGCUGCUGAGCAGCUCCAGGAGUGCCAGAGAACGCUAAGAGAGAAGACCAAGAAGCUGCAGGCUUUAACUGCUGAGCUCAGGAUGCAGGACGCCAAACUGAGCGAGUCCAAGAGUCAGAUCGAGACUCUGACCGAUGAGCUGGCAGCCAUCAAGAAGAAGUAUCUCAGUCAGAAGAAGCUCCACAGUGAACUGAAGUCGAAGAAUGAGGUGGAGACGUUGGAGCUGCUGCCUCAGCUGAGCACCAAGCCGCACUACACUGGAGGAGGCUUCAGGAUCGACAAGACCAUCAGAAAGUGACGUCCAAACACAUUCGAAACACUUCCUCAUUCUCUGCGUUAUUUGAUUUACAUGUUGAAAUCUGUCUUUUCUGACACUAUUUAUUUCAUUUUGAUGUGUUGAAUGGAGAUGGUUUAAUGUCCAAGUGUUUGAGUUGAGUUUUCAAGUUUGCUCGACCUGCAAAGGAACUUCAAAGGUCCAUUAAAAAUGACUUAAUGAAUGAAUGCUUUUCCCACCACUCGUACUACGAUGCGAAAAGUUCUUAUAACAGAGAUACUCGCAAAAGCCAAAGUUUUG